UAAAAAACAAGAGAGUAUUAAAAUUGCAUGUAUAAUUGGGUAAGAUUAUAAACUACACCAUUACAUUAGUAUUUUAAAGUUACAUAUUCAUGAAAAUGUAAUUUAUAUUGAUAAAUCUGUUUGUAAAAAAAAUGUUUAAUUUCAAUUUUGCUAAUGAAAUGUUACUGUAGAGGCAUGUAAGUUGUAUAAUCAGCCUGUUUACUUUACGGAGUUCAAUGUAUUAAUAAAACAUUAGAUACAAAUUUUCACAUAAUUUCUACAGAUAAGUGCUCCGAAAAAAAUUAACAAUCGACAUGAUCGAGGUUUCAAGCAUAACCACACCUUUAAGACGUUUGGCAUUGUUUAUCUUUACUCGCCAAAACACCGCAGCAUUUAUGUAUAUGCAGGUGUCUUUAAUAAUUCUAUCGGCGAAAAUUGAUUGAAUCUGUCGCCAUUUUGUGUAAUUGUCAACAAACAUCCACAAUAUAUUAGCGUGUCGCCGAUUGGUCAAUGCAAACUGCCGUAGAUACAACGCGUGUUCUGAUUCGUCAAUCGCACGAAAACGUUAUGAGAAAGAUAAACAUAGUGAACUCUUGCCUUACGGCGUGUUUUGAACUUUGUUGAUGUUGACACGCGUUCUUAAUUAGCGGAUUAACGGUAAUUAGUUGUAAUUGAGAGGUAAACAAAUUAUUAACAGACCUAGCGGAGUAAAUAAGUAUGACGGAAAAUUAUAAAAAUCGGGCGACUUCAAAAUCUCUUUGAAGUUUGUUUUAGGCAAAGUCGCUGAUCCGAAGGCGACUUCUUCGCCAAAGUCGUAACCUAGUUCAAGCCUUGCUCCCCUUGCAAAAGUCGCUGUUCACGGCUCAAAUACCGUAACGGGUGACUUAAUCAUGGUACUACAAUACAGUUUGUACAUUGUAUUAGCUAAUGCAAUACCCCUAUAUGACAUAGGGUCUUUCCUACCCUGAGUAUUGAACUUUGGGAUCGGGUUGAUGAUACACUUACCCCAAUCAGAAGGAACCGUACCUUUGGAAUAACAAAUAUUAAAAAGAAUUUGGAGACAAGAGACUGAAGCGUCAUUUCUAAAAACCUCAUACGGCAUGGCAUCUAUCCCACUAGCCUUGUUAUAUUGGCCCGCUUAAUAGCAUUCCUGACUUCUAAAACAUCAAUCUCCCUUUCAAAUUCUAAACAUGUGUUUUGUCCAGGAGGUGUAUCAUCAGCCCGGUCUACAUUGGUGCAUUUACAAUACAUUCUUUCAACAUAACAUACAUUAUUCCAUUUAACAGUAAGGUCAUCAGACCACCAUAGUUUAUAGCAUUUUCUACCUUUAUUGUUAUUUGAAUUAAGAGUCUUUUGUUUCAUCCUAGGCAGCUUAACAAACAUUUCAUUUUUAAUGCAUUGACACAACACAAAAUAUGUUGUAUCUAUAUCAGAUUGAGCCUGUAAACUGGCUUCUAAAGUAAAAAUACAGUUAUGUUAUACAUUUAUCACAUCUUGAUCAUUACAGAAGUUUUCAGGUAUAUUCUUAACAUUGAAGCGAUCAGACUGUAUGGUAGAAUCACCGAGUGCGUGAUUGUCUUCAUUAGGUUCACAAAUAAUGCUUUUAACAGCAACUUCAAUUGUCCAUGUUAAAACUGAGUGAUCUGGCAUGGAUACUGGAGUAAGACCAAAUUUAUUGACUAAGUCAGUACAUUUAAAAACAAAAAAAUCAGUAAAACAAUCUAAAUCACUAUGACUGGUCAAACAAUAGUCAACAACUGAGCAGCCCUGAGGUCUAACAUGCACUUAUUAUCUGUAUGUCUUGAACCGGUAACAUUUCCUUUACCUCAAGAUUUUAAAACUCUUAGUAAGACUUAUUAUACUGUUUGUGAAACAAUAAAUAUAUAGACUAAAUAUGCUAUAUAUAACUCUGAAAAGUAAAAAAAAAAAUAGCAAUUUUAUCUUACAAAUAGCAUUUCUCGAAAUAAAAAAAGUAUUUCCAAAUUUGUAAAAGAAAAGAUUUUUGGCAGUGUCUUUUUAAGGCCAGGAAGCGAAUAUUUUUGUCGCAAACCUGGUGGAGGAUCACCUAAGGUGCCCCUUUGUGCAUUAUUUCACAGUUGAACGGCACUCUUGAGUAGAACCCCCGCCUUCUGUAAUGUCCAAUUGAGAAUUUCUACUGUAGGUUGCACGCAUUAAUCCCAAUAUUUUACUAGUAAGCAUAUUUCUGAAUAAGAUAUUUUAUGAUUGACAUGGUUAUAUUAUCAAAAUUGAAACAGAUUUGUCUUUCUUGAAUUUAUUUACUUCAAUUUAGGUCAGCUCAGUGAGGGAUAAACGGUUGAUGAAACAGCAUUUACAAAAUGGCAUCUAUUGGCAACGACAGGUAUCUACGAUACCUUCUUCUAGUGGGACAAGGUGGCACGAUCACCUUACGCGGUAUUCUUAUCAGGGACAUAGGUUCACCUCUCCCUGACGUUUUAGACCAUAAUCGAGCUAAAUUAAAGAUGAAGAAAAAUGAAAUGGAUCGAAUUUUUACUGAAAAUGGAAUAUCAGACAUAAACAAAUGGGACAUAGCAAUUUUAAGCAAAAUCAUUUUACAGCUGUGUAGAGGUAAAACACCCGCCGAAGAAUUGGAUUACAUAAGAAUUCUACAGUCAUUAAGAAAUGAACUGUCUCAUCCUGGAUCUUUAGCGAUAAAUGAUGAUAAGGAAUAUGUCGAACAGUGGAGACAUGCUGGAUGUACUUUGACGAAACUGAGUAAAAACCUUGACAGAUCUAUCCGCGACGAGUGUCAAAACCUUAUUGAAAAUUGUAAAUCUGGUCUGAUAAAUAGACAAGAAACACUGCACAUGUUGGGAAGCAUAAGCCAAUACGAUAACAAAAUUUCAGAACAGCUGGCCAUUCUGACAAGAAGAGUUGAAGAGUUAACAGAGCAGGUCAUCAUCAUUAUGAAAGAAAUAGAAGAUCUUCGACAAGAGGUGGAACAAUACAUACUAAGUGAAAGAGAUGCUAAAUGUCGAACAAUGGCAGUGCUCGAGUCUAGGCUGACUAUCAGGGGAGAUAAUACACAGCUUACAGAAUUAGCGGAGGAAAUCCUUGAAAGGGUGUUUAGAAGAGCAAGCAAACGAACACAGGUACCUGAAGACGAGACACAACUUAUAAGUGAAGUAAGGCAAUUUUUAGAUGAAAUGGAAGCGCAUGAAGGAGUGUAUGUGUGUGGAAUAAAAAAAGAAUGCAUUCAGGUGAAGAUUGUGUUUGAAAACUUCAAAGGGUUGUUGAAGCUCUUGGAAUUCUUUCAGAGCAACGAAUUUAGAAACAGACUGCAUGGAUUGAUAAAGGCAAUGGAAGAAAUGAAUGACAGUCAAUACCAAAUAACGUUUGAGAUAGACAAAGAUAAUGUAGACAGUAUCACGAAAUCAAUGGCAAAAGCCACGAACGAUGAAAUACAAAUGGCAAUUGCUGAAGAUAAGCUUAUUGAACUGCGUACCAUAAAUGCACAUCAAAGACGAUUGGAAACAGACGAGACUAUGUUAAAGCAAGGUAUAGCUUCAGACAGGCCGGAUGUAAUUGGCGGAAAUAGCGAUAGUAGCGAGACAGAGUUGUCCCCAUCAGAAACUCCUGGCUGUGACGAAGAAUUGGGACUGCAGAGAGAAAACGAGGCUCUAUUGGACGAUAUCGUCGACAUAGCUGAUGUUAUUAAUGAUGAGGAUCAUGUGAUCCUCUUAAUUGGACAAAUAGGGGCUGGUAAAAGUUCGCUAAUCAAUACGCUUCACAAGAUUUUGACGGACAGAUACUUUAUAGUAGCUCCCCAAGGUAGAGGAAUGACACAAUCAGUAACAACUGAAUUGAUAAGAUACGACAAAUGUGGUGCAACGUUGAGUUUCUUAGAACGAAUACCGAACGAAAAUAAAAAACAGAAGAUGAAAAAGAUUUUCAAAAAGCUUCCACACAUCAUCGAUUUUGCUGGAUUUGGAAAUCAUAAUACACCUGAACUCACAGAAAUACUAGAACUGUUAAUUGGAGGAUACAUUCCAACAGGAACAACAAUUCAAGCUUUAGAGAAUAUUCAGAAAUUUGGCAUUGGAGCUUUGAAGGGGGUAUUUCCUGAUGCUAAUCCAAAACUGCAAGUCUCGAAAAUUUUCUUUUUGACUAGUUUUACAGAUGCAUUCCCCGAAAAACUCAUACAGUGUCUAAAUGGAGUAUUAACCAACUAUCAGUCAGCAGGGCCUUAUCUAAAACGUAAGCCAGAUUUGUAUAUUCUUGCAACAAAAUAUGAUUUGGUGCUAGACCAAAACUUGCGUUCUGGGGACACAUCUGAUGAAUCGAACAAAAUCUUGGAAGAAUUUUUGAAAGUUGAGGAACGCCUUUCAAGUGAAUUGAAAAGAAAUGGACGUUCGUUCAGAUGGAUCAGCUUUCACGACGGUAUAAACGUUAACAGCACAUCUGUAGAAAAUAUGGUGUUGAAAGUUUUGAAAUGUAUAUUUGAGCCUGGGGCCCCUGUCUUGAAAUAUAAUAAGAAAGUUAUAGGGAUUCGGGUGAGAGCUAAACUGGGGGCAUACCGUGUUAAACAAUGUCUUCAGAAGUUUCUUACUGAAGAUGUACAUAUUGAAGUAACACGGGCAAUGUUUCUGGUUGGUGUGGCAUGCAUGGUUGCUGUUGUUCUUGCAUUAUGGUUUAUCAAGUAAAUUCCUCCGCGGAGAAUAUCAGCGACAAUAGUGGAGUAAAACCAUUUGAAAAGUCUCUGGUCUUUUGAAACAAUGCAGAAAUUAACUACAAUCUUUAAAAUAAUCAUAUAAAUGCAUACUUGAACAGUCUGUGCUGUUUAAUCUAUUAUUGACCAUUUGUAAUAAUGAGCUUGAAUUCGUUAUGUCACCGCAGAACACAUGUGAUUCAAUGGCAUAUAGCGACUAAUCUGUGUGUGCGUCCGUGCGUGCGUGUGUGUUUGCGCGGGCGCUUUAGUGUAUGUGUGUGUGUGUGAGUGCAUGCGCGCGUGUGUGUCCGCGCACGUUUGUUUUAUAGUGGGACUCAAAAUAUACAUAUAUGUAUAUUUUAGUCACGGUUUUAUAUAUAUUAUACAGUGAACUUAAAAACUAUGUACUAAAAACCUAAAAAUUGAGAAAAACAGAAUCCCUAAAAAAGUGAAAUAUGACCUGUGUAAGUUUAAGAUUAGGAAGCUGUGCAUUAUCAUUUUCGAUUUAUGAGCAUUGAUAGGUUUUGUUCAUGUUGCCCUUGUUAUAUGUAUUUGAUAUAAUUAUGUCAAAGGUAGCUUUAUUAGUUUAUUACAUGCCAUUGAUUAUUUACAAUGCUAUGAAAAAUUAGCUAAGGAAUAUAAGAAACUUGUGACACUCUCAAUGUUUCAAAUUAUGUUAAUUUUUCAUGAUUACUUUAGAUGAAAAGAAUGCUAACUUGUAUAAAGUAUCAUACUCUCAUUAUCUCUACAUGUAUUUAUAUUGAUGACUUAAAGAUGUGAUAUUAUGUACAAUUAUGAAUGUACAAAUAAAAUGAAAUAUAUAUACCAUUUAUACGGAAUAUAAUGUUAAAGUAGCUUUCUGAGGCUUUGUUUUUUGCUACGAGCAGCGAUGGAAAAUUGAAGGUCGAGCUAGAUAUCAAUUUUCCAAUGUUGCGAGUAGAAAAAUACAUAGCCUCAAAAAGUCUCUACAACAUAAUUUUCCUUUUAUUAUAUACCCUUUCCUUUAAUUCAGAAAAUGGAAUUGAAUUGUCAAGAAAUAAAUUCAUGACUGACGGAUGAAAACGUAAUUCUUACAAAUCUGGCCACGCAUUUAAUAAGUUUGGUUCCCGUUUCCAAAUGCACAUUAUACAAAGCUAAGAUCGAUACCAACGUCAAAAAUAGUCCGACACUUCCAUAUAUGGUACCGUAUUUGUCACUAUAUAAUACGGAAAGUUCUAUCCGUUGAAGCGUAUUUGCGCUUCAAAAUGUGCGUGUAUUUUAGGGAGAAAAUUUAUAGGUAUAUAAUAAAAUAUUAUAUAAUUUUGUGUUCUGUUCUUACAUACAAAGAAUAUUUUGUUUCCUUAUCUUUAAAUAAUGAAGUUAUUCAA